UUCAUUGAAUUUCAAACCCUCUGGUGUCUCUUCACUACCACCCCCUAGUUUAUAAGUCUUCUCAGUCUUUCUCUAUUCUCACUACUUACUUGCCCUAUAUUUCACUCCUCUUUACUCUCCAACCACUCCCAUUUUCUGUUUGGAUUUGGGGAAAAACCAUGGCCUACUUCAGUUAGUGCAUUAAGCAUAUACUAAAGAUUCUGCAGGAAAAGUGUGAUAAGACUCAAUUCAUGUAACAUAUUCCAAGAUCUAAGAUAACCCUUUUGUUUGGAGAAUCUGAUAUGGAUUUUGUGAGCCAAAGACACCUACUCCAUAUACAUACACAAGCUGAUUCACCCUGCACAGUUCCUCCAAAUCAUGAUAUUCCACACCAUUCUGGUUCAAAUCUUCCUCUCUUAGCAAUCCUUGUGGUGGGAAUGUUGUUCACAACUUUCUUCCUCAUAGGCUACUACAUGUUAGUUAUCAAGUGCUGCUUCAAUUGGCCCCAUGUUAAUCACACAAGACUGUUUUCUCUGACAAGACAAGGUGAAGAAGAUCCAUCUGCAGGAUUCUCAGCAGCAUCUGAGCCAAGAGGGUUAGAGGAAGCAGUUAUCAGGUUAAUCCCUGUGAUUCAUUAUAAAGGGGACACAAACUUUGGAGAAAGAAGCAACAUUGAUGAUUGUGCAGUUUGCUUGAGUGAGUUUCAACAAGAUGAGAAGCUGAGAGUUAUACCAAACUGUAGCCAUGUUUUUCACAUUGAUUGCAUAGAUGUUUGGCUUCAGAACAACACUCAUUGCCCUCUCUGCAGAACAAUUGUGUCCUUGACAACCCAACUGAACCUUCUCAGUCCAAGGCCUUCAACUCAAGACCAAAGCCAGAACAUUGAAAACCAUGUUGGUGAUGAAGGUUUUGUUGUGAUUGAUUUGGAUGGUGAAGGUGAUAGAGGCCAAAACCUUCAAAGAAUAAGACAAGAGUUACCCACCAUUAUCAGUGUUUCUUCAGCAAAGAAGCUUCAUAAAGUUAGCAGCUUGGGAGAUGAGUGUAUUGGCAUCAGAGCCAAAGGUGAAAGCUUUUCAUCAGUUCAAGCCAUGAGGAGGUCCUUUUCCAUGGAUUCAUCAGUGGAUGGAAAGUUUUAUGGUGCAAUUCAGCAGGUUUUGCAGCAACACCAACAACAUGAACAUGAACAUGAACAUGAACUUUUUCAUGAGAUUAACACAGUUGAAGCCUGUGAUGGCAGUGGCAGAGUGAAGAGAUCAUUCUUUUCUUUUGGACAUGGAAGCAGAUCAAGAAGUGCUGUUCAACCUCUUUAUUUGGACCCCUGAAAUUUUUCUUCAGAUUAAUUGUUUCAGGUGUCUAAUUUUCGUUGAAGUUUCUCUUGGUUCUUACAGUUUAAACUUAAUGAUUUUUAUUUUUUUUUUAUGAUGGAGGAUGAACUUGGUUUAAUAUCUAGUACUUUUUAAGUUUUAUCAGAAUCAAGAAAUCUCUCUGAAUAUAAAGAAGUUACUGUUUUUUUAAAAGAACAUAUUUCUAACAUUUCUCAUACUAUUUAUAAGACAGAUUCAACAUGAAAGUUAUUACUUGAAAAAAAAAAAAAAAACAGUUUUUACAAACUUAUUGGUUAAGAUGGAAAAAUGUGUCCUGUGGUAAAAAGUCUUGGCAAGACCCUUUCUAGGGACGUUGACUCGUUGACCUACAUGACUUUGGGAAUUGUCCAUUUUUGGAGGACUUUUGAGUCUUCUUCCUUAUCAUCUCUUUUUGACUUGGUAAGUUUCAUCUUCACCAUUGUAGUUAUAAUUACGUGUGUCUCCUUGUUUAACCAAUUUUUCCUCUACACUUGGUCAAACUCAUGUUUUCUCAUGAAACUAUACCAAUUGUGUUUUCAUGUUGUAGAAUAUUCCUACUUGCGUUUUAUAGGGUAAAUUGUAGCAAAAGUUGUUCACCUAAAAUGCAUAAACGUGCUUUCCCAACUAAUUCUACUUUCAAUGAAUUCUUCAACUAGUAGU